AUGACUGAAGUUCAAUUUUUCGGAAUCAGCCGGCAUUUAGGCGUGCUCCAAAUCGGGGUCUUGGGCAUUGCCGCACUUGUCACCUGGUAUUUUGUCAGCACUUUUUUCACAUGGUGGCGCCUACGACACAUCCCGGGGCCCUUCGUGGCCAAAUUUUCCUACCUCUGGCUCGGUCGGACAACGCACAGCGGAAAGCAGUAUUAUGUCCACCGGGAGCUACACAAGAAGUACGGACCGUUGGUCCGCAUUGGGCCCAACUAUAUCAUCACUGACGAGCCUGAUGUCAUAAAGAGUAUCUCGUCCGCGCGCAGUGCCUAUCAUCGCGACGGUUGGUACUCCACCGGUCGUUUCAAUCCUUACAGAGAUAACCUUUUCACGAAAUUGGAACCUUCUGUGCACUCCAAGGCCAAGCUGCGUCUUUCUGGGUCGUACAACGGCCGUGAGACAAACAAUCUCGAGCCUAAUGUGGAUGAACAGGUCCAGAAUCUCAUUAGGUUGCUUCACCGCAAGUAUGCCGUAUCGUCUGAAGAUCUGUCACGGCCUCUUCUUGACCUAGGACCUACGUCCAACUACUUUACACUCGACGUUAUUACCAAAGUAGCCUUCGGCCAGGAGUUUGGUUACCUCCGUGAGGAGACAGACCUUUACCAUUUCAUGCAGCACGUCCGGGAUCUCUGGCCGCGUAUGUCCACUUCGGCUGACGUGCCUUGGAUCCGACGCAUCUUGUUCUCUAAAUUCUUCCUUCUUCUCUUCGGUCCAUCAACUACCGAUAAAGAUGGUUUCGGUGCCUUGAUGAGGGUCGCCGAGCAAUAUGUUUCUCAACGAUUCAAGCAGGGUGCCAAGGAGCUUGACGACUCCCUGGGCUCGCUUAUCAAGAAAGGCCUGACUCAGGAAGAGUGUGAGUCUGAGGGUCUCUUCCUCAUUGUUGGGGGCACUGAGAGUACCGCGUCAGCUAUUCGGUCAAUCUUGAUCCACACCAUGACGUCCCCAUGCGUGUAUCAGGCGCUCAAAGCCGAGAUUUCCCGUGCUAUCAACGAUGGCCGCUUGACCAAGACCGGUACUGGUGUGAUUCGAAAUGAGGAUGCUGCGUCUUUGUCUUAUCUCCGUGCUGUCAUCUACGAGGGCAUUCGCAUGCGUCCACCUCUGCUGGGUCUCUUCCCAAAGGUUGUGCCCGCGGGAGGAGCUGAGUUCUGCGGAAGUUACAUACCUGCAGGCACUGGUGUAUGUAUGAACAGUUCAGCGCUUCUCAGACGUCAAGAUAUGUUCGGGCCACACACAGAAGUCUUCAGGCCUGAACGGUUCCUGGAGCUGGGCGACGUAGGCUCACCGAGACGGAACGAGAUGGAACGCAACGUGGAGCUGGCCUUUGGAUACGGGGCCAACCAGUGCGUUGGGAAGCCCCUUGCAUUGAUGGAAAUUUACAAGGUUGUUUUCGAGCUUUACCGAAACUUUGAUCUCCAGCUGGUUUCUCCAACACUAUCCAAUCCCAAGGAUCAUUUUGGUUAUGGAGUUUUCCUUGAAUGGGACAUGUUAGUCAGAGUGUACAAGAGUGCUGACCCCUCCUCAGCAUCUAAGAAGCUGAUUGAGACGGGACUUUGA